AUGGACCCAAAUCUUUUUUUUUAUUCUUCAUCGUCCGAAUCGGAAGAUGAGUGUAACGUAAGUUUAAUAAGGAAAGAAAUUCGAAACACCAGUGACCCAUUAAGUUUGCCAAACGCUGAGUUUAAAAAACGCUUUAGGGUUACGAAGGAAGCUUUUAACUACAUUCUUGACGAGCUAGAAUUUGUGGCACACUUGUCGACAGCAGUACCUCCAAAAAUACAAUUGGCCUCAACUUUAUUGCUUUUGGCUUCAGGAGGGUUUCAAAACACCGUCGGAAAUGAUUUUCUGAUUGGUGUAGGCCAAAGCACACUUUCCAAAAUAAUCAAAAGAGUGGUGAAUGAAAUGGAAAGCAAGCUAUGUAGUAAAUUUAUUGAGUUUAAUCUCGAUAACUGCGACGAUUCAAAGCAAUUCUUUUUGCAAAAAUACAAAAUUCCUGGAGUAAUCGGCUGUAUAGACGGAACUCAUUUUGGUUUGCAAAAGCCACCAAAUGAGCAUAUGUUUUUUAAUAGAAAGGGGUUCCAUAGCCUUAAUUCCAUGAUUAUAUGUGAUCACAAAUACAGAAUUUUAGCAAUAAAUUCUAAGUAUGGAGGUGCUGCCCAUGAUUCUUUUGUAUGGAAACAGUCUGAGGAAAGAAUUCUUUUAGAACAAAAAUAUAGCUCCAAUUUACGAAAUUUUUGGCUUUUAGGUGAGAAUUGUUUUCUAUCACAAUGUUUGUCACAUAUAUAUACAUAUAAUAGCGCUUUUAUUCACAUUUAAUUCUUGAAGGUGAU